GUAACCUUUAACUGUUGACUCAUAUAUAUUUUUAUUUAUUUUUUAUUUCAGAACGAACUAUUUUUGACUUGAGAUGAAAUUAAAGUUUUUGACUUGGGACGCGAAGGACACUUUGCUACGUAUGCGUUUGCCUGUCGGACAGCAAUAUCACGCUGAAGCCAAGAAGAGAGGCCUUUAUGUUAACCCAGCCUUGCUAGAGACUUCUUUCCGGCUGGCUUACAGUACACAUUCCCGGCUCUUCCCAAACUAUGGAUUGAGGCAAGGCCUGACCUCCCAGCAGUGGUGGUUGGAUGUGGUAUCACAGACUUUCCGUCUGUCCGGUGUUGAAGAUAAUAGGUCCAUUCACCCAAUAGCAGAAAAGCUGUACCAAGAUUUUUCCACCGCCAGCAACUGGGAAGUGUUACCUGGAGCUAAGGAAGCUCUUGAGGGCUGUAGGAACCUGGGACUGAAAAUGGCUGUGAUCUCUAACUUUGACCGAAGGUUGGAUGCGGUUAUGAAACAGUGUGACCUAGAUGCAUACUUUGAGUUUGUGCUGACUUCUGAGAGAGCAGGAAUUGCUAAGCCUGACCUGGGGAUCUUCCACAAGGCCCUGAGCAUGGCCAAAGUGGAGCCACAUGAAGCAGUUCAUGUAGGGGAUGAUUACAUGAAUGAUUACAGAGCCGCCCGGGAUGCAGGAAUACACAGCUUUCUGAUCCGGCCAGAGACAGACUCCCAACCAGAGAAACACGGGAUUCCGAGGGAACAUUUACUGCACUCCCCGGAGCAGAUCAUUCCACGGCUGAAAGACAUCAUGAAAUAAACUAUUUAUACUUAAAAAGAAAUGCGCGCUGGGUUUUUUUUUUUGUUUUUUUUUUAUUCUGGUAUUUUCUACCAAGUACAGGAGAGAACAAAACCAUUAACCCAAAAUCCCGAUGUGACCCUGUAACCUUGUAGGCAGUGCACAUUAAUCUCAGCCAAAAAUAUAGUGCUUUGCGAAAGUAUUCACCCCCCUAGUAUUUUUCAUUAUAGGAUAAUAUACCUCACCCAUAUAGUGAGGGUAAGUGGAAAUAUUCUUCAGCGCUUCACCGUGUGUGGCUAAGGGGGGGGGGGCAAGCCACCUAUAUGGUGGGUUUAUUAUUAUAGCGUCAGGAAUACGUGUUUGUGUUCCUGACCCUAUAGUGAUCCUUUAAGUCCUUCAUGUAUGGUGUUGAAAUGUGUGAUAAUUUUCAUCUCAAAUGCCUUCAUGUUUAUUAAAGUCUUUGAAAUUCC